AUGCUGGGCAGGUGGCUGGGCUACCUGGGCCUGCUGCUGCUGGACGUGGCCAUCUGCCUGCUGGCGCUGGUGGGCCUCAUCCGCAGUUCCAAGGGCAUCCUCGUAGGGGUCUGCCUGCUGGGGGUCCUGGCCUUGGUCAUCAGCUGGGGUGCGCUGGGCUUGGAGCUGGCUGCGUCUGUGGGCUCCAGUGACUUCUGUGUGGAUCCCGACGCCUAUGUGACCAGGAUGGUGGAGGAGCACGCGGUGCUGAGUGGGGGUGAGCCUGUGCCCACCCCCACCAGCCUCCAGAGCGGCGUGCUGGCGCCCCCUCGGGCCCCGGCGCAGCCACUCACCCUGGACGCCCCAUGUGGGCAGGGCCCCGGGCGGGGGUGGGCGCUGGCUGUGGCCCUGCUGCAACCGCGGCCUCUCUCUGAGCAGAAGCUGUCGGGCAGCCACAAGGCGCUGGUGGAGAUGCAGGACAUCGUGGCCGAGCUCCUGAGGACGGUCCCCCGGGAGCACCCGGCCACGCAGGACCCUCUGCUCCGCGUGCAGGAGGCGCUGAACGGCACGGAGGUGCACCUGCAGCACCUCACGGCGCUGGUGGACUGCCGCAGCCUGCACCUGGACUACGUGCAGGCGCUGACCGGCCUCUGCUACGAUGGCGUCGAGGGCCUCAUCUACCUGGCCCUCUUCUCCUUUGUCACCGCGCUCAUGUUCAGCUCCAUCGUCUGCAGCGUCCCACACACCUGGCAGCAGAAAAGAGGCCCCGAGGAGGUCGGGGAGGAGGAGGCCGGAACCAGAGGCCACUGGAUGGGUCACUGGUGUGAGCACACGCCUGGGCGUGGCUGGCCGUUGGUGCUCAGCCAUCGCUACCCCUGUCCUGCCCACCCAGCUGCACGGUGGGACCACGCGGUCACUCAGCCCCUCUCCUUGCUCCUCAGGAGCCAGAAUGCCAAUUUCCAGAACCCCCGCUGUGAGAACACCCCCCUCAUCGGGCGCGAGUCCCCGCCGCCCUCAUACACGUCCAGCAUGAGAGCCAAAUACCUCGCCACCAGCCAGCCGCGCCCCGACUCCAGCCCCUGCUCUUCCCUUGCCAGCAGCGCGCCUCCCCCUGGCUCCCCCAGGCCGCCAGCCCGGCUGCACCCUCCCCCGUUUCUGCAGGGGCCCUGCCAAUGGAGAUGAGGGGUUCUGAGCUGCACCCUGUCCUUGGGGUCCAUGCCUGGACACAUGGGAGCACUGUCACGGACACAGGGCCCUCGCGGUCCCCCACCCCUCUGCCCUCUAAGGAUUCGGGUUCGCAGAGCCCUGCUCUGGGCCAGGCGGCAGCCCCUGCAGCACGGACCCUGGACCUGCGCCUCCAGCUCAGCCCUUCCCUCCGCAGCCCUGACGCCUCUGUGGUCACGCGCUGCCCUCUGCCCAGCCCUCCGUGCUCCUGCGUGUCUCUGGCUCCUUCUCUCCCCCCUGACCACAGGCCCCUCCAGCCAGUUGCCAGAGGUUCCUGGGCCCACCUCCGCCUCUGCCUCCGCCAGCUCCGCUCUCUCCCUCUAGCUCCUGCGGCGCCCGCCCUCCACGCGGCCAGAGGACAGCCGGAAUCGCCGAGCCUGGGCCGCUCACCAUGGUGCCAAACCCCCUCCCCACAGGCCUGGCACCCUGUUCCGGUUCAUUCUUUGCACUAACCAUGCUCCUCAUCUCUAGGGUACGUGGGCCGCGGGCCGCACACUCCCUCCCGGCCCCCUUCCACCCAGGACAGGUGCCGUGGCCUGGAGCCUGGCCACGGGGCGUGGGGGGCGGGGGGACCUGAGCUGCCUGUGAAUGAGCCCUUGGCCCUGCCUCCCGGGAC